CACCACCGUACACAGAGAAAACGGCUUCUUUUUUUUCCCCAUAAGUUUUUUGGAUUAAAGAGUAGUCCAUUGUAAACACUUAAGGUUUGCUCAUUUGAUUAGAGAGUAUGUAUUACUAAAAAUGCAUGUUUUUUCACUAGAUUACAAAUUAUGUAGGCUAUUGCUAAAACGGCAUGUUAUUUGACUAAAUUAGAAAGUAUGUAUUACUAAAACAGAACGUUAUUUCACUAGAUUAGAAAGUAUGUAUUACUAAAACAGAACGUUAUUUCACUAGAUUAGAAAGUAUGUAUUACUAAAACAGAACGUUAUUUCACUAGAUUAGAAAGUAUGUAUUACUAAAACAGAACGUUAUUUCACUAGAUUAGAAAGUAUGUAUUACAUUUUCAUGCUAACACAUUUCCGAUCAUUUGAUCAAAUGCUGACUGACUUAUUGCUAAUUAUUGGAUUGUCAUCACUCAAUGGUAAUAUAUUGAUGUUUGGACAUAUAGCCUACAUACCAUUGAGAUAAGUGAUGCUAGGACAUAUACAUACAAUUGAGAUAAGUGAUGCUAGGACAUAUACAUACAAUUGAGAUAAGUGAUGUUAGGACACAUACAUACAAUGGUGAUGGUUGAUGUUAGGACAUAUAGCUUACAUACAAUUGAGAUAAGUUAUGUUAGGACAUAUACAUAAAAUAGUGAUAAUUGAUUUUAGGACAUAUACAUACAAUGGUGAUGGUUGAUGUUAGGACAUAUAUAUACAAUUGAGAUAAAUGGUGUUAGGAAAAUUAAUUAAAAUUGUGAUAAGUAAUGUAAGGGCAUGUACAUACAAUGAUGAUAGAUGAUGUUAGAACAUAUAGCCUACAUAUAAUUGAGGUAAGUGAUGUUAGGACAUAUACUUAUAAUUGUAAUAAGUACUAUAAGGACAUAUACAUACAAUGGUGAUAAUUGAUGUUAUGACAUAUACAAUUGUGAUGUAAUAAUGCAUCCAUAUCAAUGUGAUAAGUGAUGUCAGGACAUAUAUAUAGUGUAGUGAUAAAUGAUGUUAAGACACAUACAUUUAUACUAAAAAAGACAGACAUCAUGGUAGUGUCUUUCUCUGUCUCUUGUAAUAGUUAGUAAUACUACAUUCCUUCAUUCUACUUAUUGUUGAACUACACCAACAUUGUCAAAGCCUUCCUUGUACACCAACAUUGUCAGAGCCUUCCAUGUACACCGCCAGUGCCUUGCUUGUACACUACCAUUGUCAGUGCCUUCGUUGUACAACAACAUUGUCAGUGCCUUCCUUGUACACUAACAUUGUCAGUGCCUUCCUUGUACAACAACAUUGUCAGUGCCUUCCUUGUACAACAACAUUGUCAGUGCCUUCCUUGUACAACAACAUUGUCAGUGCCUUCCUUGUACAACAACAUUGUCAGUGCCUUCCUUGUACAACAACAUUGUCAGUGCCUUCCUUGUACAACAACAUUGUCAGUGCCUUCCUCGUACACUAACAUUGUCAGUGCCUUCCUUGUACACUAGUGUCUUCCUUGUACACCAACAUUGUGAGUGCCUUCCUUGUACACCAACAUCGUCAGUGCCUUCCUCGUAAUGUCACUGAAACAACAGACAUAAGUCAUGGACCUCUGGAUAGAUUAACAUAGCUCACCGUUUAAACACAUAGAAAGUGUUUUUUUUUUUUUACUUUAAUGUGUCUGAUUGUUUUUUUUAACACACUUUGCUCUCAAAUGCCCUUAGAACAUGUCGUUGAUGUCCACAGAUCCGCAGGGUCAAAGGUCAUAGUUUGACAGCUAAACGUGUUGAUGCGAUAUGUCGUCAUGCUGGCACGUUUUGCCCUGUGUGUCCACGUGUUUGUACUGACCAUCAGGCCUCAGCUGAUGACCCUGGCUUCUAAACAAGUUGGCCUCUUGCUACCCGCAACCAAUUCGUCUGACGUAAGCAAGGUCAAGGCUGGACCAAACUCCACCCAGUCCGAGAUGUGGGGCGUGGUCAUCCUUGACGCUAUCGCCAGGACUGAAAUUUGGCUUCAUAACGUCUUCGGACGGACGUUUGACGCCAACAUGACGGCAGUAUGGCGCCACUCCGAGCGAUGUGAUGAGAAGACAGCCCUGGGAGAGACAGUCAAGUUGAAAGAACAGGGAGUCAGUGUUAUAGUGGGACCUCCUUGUCCAGCUGGUAAGUACACAAUAUACAUCCAUUGGCAUCAUGUAUACAGUAUACACCCAUUGGUAGUAAGUACACAAUAUACACAUAUUGAUGUGUGGUACAUAAUGUAUGCCUACUGGUGGUAAUUACACAAUACGUACAACUAUUGGUGUUAAGUACACAAUGUGCCCCUAUUGAUGGUAAGUACACCAUGUACACAUAUUGGUGGUAAGUACAAGUACAAAAUGUACAUAAAUUUGGGGAUAAGUAUACAAUGUACACCUAUUGGUGUUAAGUACAGUAUCCUUAUAGGCAAACAACAAUAUCACGUGAUUGGCAGUAUCAUAUCAUUUGGCAAGUAUUUCAUGUACAAUCAACAGAAUGUAUCCAUUCCUGGAAUAUAGCAAUGUCAUGUCUUAUAUUUACUGCCUCUAAAUCCUCGCCGGGCAGGAGCGUAGAACGGGCGUGGGAGGGGGGGGGGUCCACCCUGGGUGGCACUUCUUUCUGUAUAUUGAGGGGUUGCAUUUUCGGCAAUAGCAGUGUUUUUUCGGCCAAUGAGGGUGACAAAUAUCUGGGCCCGCCCUGGGUGGCACUAAACCUAUAUCACCACUGGCACCAGAUCCACUUGGCCACGUUAGCCAGACCCACUUGGCCGCUGUCACCAGACCCACUUGGCCACUGUCACCAGACCCAUUUGGCAACUUUCACCACACACACCUGGUCACUGUCACCAGACCCACUUGGCCACUGUCAUCCGACACACUUGGCACUGUCACACGACACACUCGACUACUGUCACCAGACCGCUCUUGGCCACUGUCACCCGACACACUUGGUCACUGAUACCAGACCCACUUGGCCACUGUCACCAAACGCACUUGGCCACCGUCACCAGAAUCACUUGACCACUGCCACCAGACCCACUUGAUAUUCUUUCAUUUAAUUAUUAUAAUGUCUUAGUAAGGGGCACAUCGCUUUGUAAACUAUUUCUAUCUUGCUUCAAAUGCUGUGCAAGAGAAAGAGUUUGAGAGUCACUGGUGUUAUGACAAGUAGAGGAUACCUGCUCGAAUUGUAAAAUGAGAGAAAAUGAAUCAGUUUAUUGGAAGCAUUCAUGAGUGUCUCUCGUGGACAAUGUGGAGACGGAAAUCAAAUCUGUGCCAGCCUGUCCCUCGGGGCAAUGGCUCGACUAAUCUCAUUGGUUUUUGUCGUAGAACAACGGGUGGGACUUCCCAGCAAUAGCAUUUCAUUUCUUUGCCAUAAGGCAAUGAGAUAAGAAAUGGUUGUCAUUCAUCAAGAAAUUGUUGCCAUUCACUAAGAAAUGUUUGUCAUUCACCAAGAAAUGGUUGUCAUUCACUAAGAAAUGGUUGUCAUUCACCAAGAAAUUGUUGCCAUUUUCUAAGAAAUGGUUUCCAUUCACCAAGAAAUGGUUUCCCUUCACAAAGAGAGUGAUCUCAUUUAAAGUUAAUCUCAUUGAUUCACCAUCUCACUGAUUCACCAUCUCACUGAGUCACCAUCUCACUGAUUCACCAUCUCAUGUUUCACCAUCUCACUGAUUCACCGUCUCACUGAUUCACCAUCUCAUGAUUCACCAUCUCAUUGAUUCCCCAUCUCAUGAUUCACCAUCUCACUGACUCACCAUCUCAUAAUUGACCAUCUCACUGACUCACCAUCUAAUUGACUCACCAUCUCACUGACUCACCAUCUCACUGACUCACCAUCUCACUGACUCACCAUCUCACUGACUCACCAUCUCACUGACUCACCAUCUCACUGACUCCCCAUCUCACUGACUCACCAUCUCAGCGAUUCAACAUCGCAGUGACUUACCAAUAACACCGAUCAAUGAACUCCCUGAUUUAACAAUGUCAUUGGUCAACCAUCUAAUGCAUUCAGCUUUCACAAUGGUAUCUAUACACUAUCUUUACAAAAAACUAUUGACCAGACAAUGGCUUUAUAACGUUAGACAACGGUGAGAUUCCAGAUGUGUCAUUUCCGGAACGUGACUUGGCCAAUGGUCAAGGGUCAUAUAGUGCUUGGAGGCACUAUGCUUAACGCUAGGGGUGGUGCAGGCACAGGCUUGAGCUGGUUACUAAACUAAUUAGACCUCAUACAGUGGUCCGCCUGACGUCAUACGUCGCAUGGGCUAGCUACAGAUGGUAUUUAAUGAGACAACAUACUGUCUGCCUGACCUCUAACGCUGGUUAACAGUGGCCAACCCCACACUGCCCAGGGUGUAGAGUUAGCAAUUGCCCCAUCUUACACACACACACAGACACACGCACACACAUAUACACAUACACACACUUUUUGUUUCACAGUUAGCUAGGGCUGAGUGGGCACCUACCCGGGUACCCGGUAUUGCCGAGUAUUGGCACACUCGGCACAUGACCUGACCAGGCACUAGGGAAAGUUACCGGGUGUUCAACAAAGAGUUCGUCUCUUAUUUGACAUCAUUGUGUAUAGAACUAACACAUCAUUUGACAUCAUUGUGUAUAGAAUUGACACAUCCUUUGACAUCAUUGUGUAUAGAACUAACACAUCAUUUGACAUCAUUGUGUAUAGAACUGACACAUCAUUUGACAUCAUUGUGUAUAGAACUGACACAUCAUUUGACAUCAUUGUGUAUAGAACUAACACAUCAUUUGACAUCAUUGUGUAUAGAACUGACACAUCAUUUGACAUCAUUGUGUAUAGAACUAACACAUCAUUUGACAUCAUUGUGUAUAGAACUGACACAUCAUUUGACAUCAUUGUGUAUAGAACUAACACAUCAUUUGACAUCAUUGUGUAUAGAAUUGACACAUCAUUUGACAUCAUUGUGUAUAGAACUAACACAUCAUUUGACAUCAUUGUGUAUAGAACUGACACAUCAUUUGACAUCAUUGUGUAUAGAACUGACACAUCAUUUGACAUCAUUGUGUAUAGAACUGACACAUCAUUUGACAUCAUUGUGUAUAGAACUAACACAUCAUUUGACAUCAUUGUGUAUAGAACUGACACAUCAUUUGACAUCAUUGUGUAUAGAACUAACACAUCAUUUGACAUCAUUGUGUAUAGAACUAACACAUCAUUUGACAUCAUUCUGUAUAGAACUGACACAUCAUUUGACAUCAUUGUGUAUAGAACUAACACAUCAUUUGACAUCAUUGUGUAUAGAAUUGACACAUCCUUUGACAUCAUUGUGUAUAGAACUAACACAUCAUUUGACAUAAUUGUGUAUAGAACUAACACAUCAUUUGACAUAAUUGUGUAUAGAACUAACACAUCAUUUGACAUAAUUGUGUAUAGAACUAACACAUCAUUUGACAUAAUUGUGUAUAGAACUAACACAUCAUUUGACAUAAUUGUGUAUAGAACUAACACAUCAUUUGACAUAAUUGUGUAUAGAACUAACACAUCAUUUGACAUAAUUGUGUAUAGAACUAACACAUCAUUUGACAUAAUUGUGUAUAGAACUAACACAUCAUUUGACAUAAUUGUGUAUAGAACUAACACAUCAUUUGACAUAAUUGUGUAUAGAACUAACACAUCAUUUGACAUAAUUGUGUAUAGAACUAACACAUCAUUUGACAUAAUUGUGUAUAGAACUAACACAUCAUUUGACAUAAUUGUGUAUAGAACUAACACAUCAUUUGACAUAAUUGUGUAUAGAACUAACACAUCAUUUGACAUAAUUGUGUAUAGAACUAACACAUCAUUUGACAUAAUUGUGUAUAGAACUAACACAUCAUUUGACAUAAUUGUGUAUAGAACUAACACAUCAUUUGACAUAAUUGUGUAUAGAACUAACACAUCAUUUGACAUAAUUGUGUAUAGAACUAACACAUCAUUUGACAUAAUUUUGUAUAGAACUAACACAUCAUUUGACAUAAUUGUGUAUAGAACUGACACAUCAUUUGACAUAAUUGUGUAUAGAACUGACACAUCUUUUGACAUAAUUGUGUAUAGAACUAACACAUCAUUUGACAUAAUUGUGUAUAGAACUGACACAUCAUUUGACAUAAUUGUGUAUAGAACUGACACAUCAUUUGAUAAAAUUAUGUAUAGAACUGACACAUCAUUUGACAUCAUUGUGUUUAGAACUAACACAUCAUUUGACAUAAUUGUGUAUAGAACUAACACAUCAUUUGACAUAAUUGUGUAUAGAACUGACACAUCAUUUGACAUAAUUGUGUAUAGAACUAACACAUCAUUUGACAUAAUUGUGUAUAGAACUAACACAUCAUUUGACAUAAUUUUGUAUAGAACUGACACAUCAUUUGACAUAAUUGUGUAUAGAACUAACACAUCAUUUGACAUAAUUGUGUAUAGAACUAACACAUCAUUUGACAUAAUUUUGUAUAGAACUGACACAUCAUUUGACAUAAUUGUGUAUAGAACUAACACAUCAUUUGACAUAAUUGUGUAUAGAACUAACACAUCAUUUGACAUAAUUGUGUAUAGAACUAACACAUCAUUUGACAUAAUUGUGUAUAGAACUAACACAUCAUUUGACAUAAUUGUGUAUAGAACUAACACAUCAUUUGACAUAAUUGUGUAUAGAACUAACACAUCAUUUGACAUAAUUGUGUAUAGAACUAACACAUCAUUUGACAUAAUUGUGUAUAGAACUAACACAUCAUUUGACAUAAUUGUGUAUAGAACUAACACAUCAUUUGACAUAAUUGUGUAUAGAACUAACACAUCAUUUGACAUAAUUGUGUAUAGAACUAACACAUCAUUUGACAUAAUUGUGUAUAGAACUAACACAUCAUUUGACAUAAUUGUGUAUAGAACUAACACAUCAUUUGACAUAAUUGUGUAUAGAACUAACACAUCAUUUGACAUAAUUGUGUAUAGAACUAACACAUCAUUUGACAUAAUUGUGUAUAGAACUAACACAUCAUUUGACAUAAUUGUGUAUAGAACUAACACAUCAUUUGACAUAAUUGUGUAUAGAACUAACACAUCAUUUGACAUAAUUGUGUAUAGAACUAACACAUCAUUUGACAUAAUUGUGUAUAGAACUAACACAUCAUUUGACAUAAUUGUGUAUAGAACUAACACAUCAUUUGACAUAAUUGUGUAUAGAACUAACACAUCAUUUGACAUAAUUGUGUAUAGAACUAACACAUCAUUUGACAUAAUUGUGUAUAGAACUAACACAUCAUUUGACAUAAUUGUGUAUAGAACUAACACAUCAUUUGACAUAAUUGUGUAUAGAACUAACACAUCAUUUGUCAUAAUUGUGUAUAGAACUAACACAUCAUUUGACAUAAUUGUGUAUAGAACUGACACAUCAUUUGACAUAAAUGUGUAUAGAACUAACACAUCAUUUGACAUAAUUGUGUAUAGAACUGAAACAUCAUUUGACAUAAUUGUGUAUAGAACUAACACAUCAUUUGACAUAAUUGUGUAUAAAACUAACACAUCUUUUGACAUAAUUGUGUAUAGAACUAACACAUCUUUUGACAUAAUUGUGUAUAGAACUAACAAAUCAUUUGACAUAAUUGUGUAUAGAACUAACACAUCAUUUGACAUAAUUUUGUAUAGAACUGACACAUCAUUUGACUUAAUUGUGUAUAGAACUAACACAUCAUUUGACAUAAUUGUGUAUAGAACUAACACAUCAUUUGACAUAAUUUUGUAUAGAACUGACACAUCAUUUGACAUAAUUGUGUAUAGAACUAACACAUCAUUUGACAUAAUUGUGUAUAGAACUGACACAUCAUUUGACAUAAUUGUGUAUAGAACUGACACAUCAUUUGACAUAAUUGUGUAUAGAACUAACACAUCAUUUGACAUAAUUGUGUAUAGAACUGACACAUCAUUUGACAUAAUUGUGUAUAGAACUGACACAUCAUUUGACAUAAUUGUGUAUAGAACUAACACAUCAUUUGACAUAAUUGUGUAUAGAACUAACACAUCUUUUGACAUAAUUGUGUAUAGAUCUAACACAUCUUUUGACAUAAUUGUGUAUAGAACUUACACAUCAUUUGACAUAAUUGUGUAUAGAACUAACACAUCUUUUGACAUAAUUGUGUAUAGAACUAACACAUCUUUUGACAUAAUUGUGUAUAGAACUAACACAUCUUUUGACAUAAUUGUGUAUAGAACUAACACAUCUUUUGACAUAAUUGUGUAUAGAACUAACACAUCUUUUGACAUAAUUUUGCAUUGAACUAGUUCAGAAUUUUUUUAUUUUUUUUGUUAUUUCAAAAGCAAUAGGUUCAUUAUGGAGUAUACCAGAAUUCAGUGUUUCUAGCAGACUUUUUGAUUAUGAAAAAGAAUUUUAAGCGUCCUUUGGAGGCAUAGCGCCCAUAACUAUGAAUAGAAUUCACUCCGGUUUUUGGUUUUCCAAGUGUAAUCAUUUGGCACAUACUUAUAUUUAACCGCCGACUGUAACAUUGAUUAGCGUUAGGGCAAAAAUGGAUGGUGCCGAAGUCAGCUGAGAGCAUUCAAAAUGCUUCGAUGCAUUUUGGCAAAUACGUGAAUUUGAUUUUUUAAUACAACUUUGAGGGGCAUUUUAAACUUUAGUAUGGAAAGCACCAGAAUGAGCCAAAAUGUGUGAUCAUUGAUGUCCCGAACUCCGCCAUAGCCCAACUUGAACUAAACUCAUUCCUGGUAUGCCACCCUUGAGGGUAUGCAUUUGCCCGAACAUAUUAUCGCUUCUUUAAUCUUUGAUAAAUUUAAAAUACAAGAAUGCAUUUUAGCACAUAGUUGAAUUUAGUUUUGCAACACUUAAUUUGAGAGUAUAACGGAAGAGAUGCUAGUUAAAAAAAUAAGCUCUGCCCCUCCCCCUUCAGAAUAUCUGCUUUAAAAUGGCAAUGUAUAAUUCUGAAUGUGUUUGGUCACAAUAUGACAAUUAUAACAGAGGUCAAUACCCACUAUGUUUUGAUUAUAAUAUGAUCUAUUGAUGUUUAAAAUAUUGGUGAUUACCUUAUUAAUGGUUAACCUAUUGGUGUUUAACAUAUUGAUGUUUAAUCCAUUGAUGUUUAACAUGUUGGUGUUAAACCUAUUGGUUUCAACAUAUUGGUGUUUAGACGCCUAUUUUAAUCUCUGCUAGUUCUAUACAUUAACUUCUCCCAAAUGGAAGGAAAACAUUCUGGAAAAUGAGAAGAUAACUCUAUUUUAACACCCGGACGGGAUUUGGACGCGCCGGGUAUAAUCUGAGAAUACCCGGACCAAGAACGGGUGUGACCAGCACUGCGACCAGCUCAGUCCUUCUUUGACAACCCAAAUGUCCCAUGUUACUGUACUUCUUUUAGCAACGACAACCCCAAAUGUACCAUGUUACUGUACUUCUUUUAGCUACGACAACCCCAAAUGUACCAUGCUACUGUACUUCUUUUAGCUACGACAACCCCAAAUGUACCAUGUUACUGUACUUCUUUUAGCUACGACAACCCCUAAUGUCCCAUGUUACUGUACUUCUUUUAGCUACGACAACCCCAAAUGUACCAUGCUACUGUACUUCUUUUUGCUACGACAACCCCAAAUGUACCGUGUUACUGUUCGUAUAUUAGCUACGACAAUCCGAAAUGCCCAAUGUUACUGUACUUCUCUUGUUCCAUAUUACUGUAGUUCUAUUGUCCCAUGGUACUGUACUUCUCUUGUCUUAUGUUACUGUACUUUUUCAAUGAUGGGAUCAAAAUUACAUUAAAAUGACGUUGUAAUAUUACCUGUCUCCAUAAAAUUGUAAUCUUUUAAUCUUCGCAUCAUAUGAACACGGAAUUAUGUGAUGACGUAAUCAUGUAACAACGUAGUAAAUUGAUUUGUAACAAAAGAAUGAGAUUUUAAGGAUAUAACGACUUAAUGAUGUUUCUCGUAAUGACAUAACAUUAUCAGGAUAUCCCGACUUAAUGAUGUUCUCCCUCUGCAGCGGUACGAGUUGUCGCCCUGUUAGGCUCCUACUCCAACACACCGGUCGUGACGUGGGUUCCGAUCAACCAUGACCUCAGUGGUCAGAAUGAAGGGGACCUUUCAACUUUCGGUUCAUUUCACGACUUUGCCAAGUCCGCUUUUGUUGUCAUAAAACAUUUCAAGUGGACGAAAAUAGGUCAGUUGCAUCAUUAAAAGGUCAUGUCCUCAAUAAAAAGGUCAGUUGCCUCAAUAAAAGGUUAGUUGUCUCAUACAAAACCCUUUUUAAUGCGUAGUCUUGUCCUCACAAUUUUCGCUGAGUAGUUGAGUACAUAUAUUAAACGAUUAUCAUUAUAAAUGUUACACUUUCAUCCAAUGAUCUUUCAACAAUUUCAAACAAUGAUCUUUCAACACUUUCAUCCAAUGAUCUUUCAACACUUUCAUCCAAUGAUCUUUCAAAACUUUCAUCAAACAUGUAUCUAAUGAGUAUCAAGCCCAUGUCAUUAAUCUCGCCAUCCAUACUGUAAAGAAUGUCAUAUAUCUCCCCAGUUAUACUGUAUGAAAAGAAUGUCAUGUAUCUCCCCAGCCAUACUGUAUGAAAAGAAUGUCAUGUAUCUCCCCAGCCAUAUUGUAUGAAAAGAAUGUCAUGUAUUUCCCCAGCCAUACUGUAUGAAAAGAAUGUCAUGUAUCUCCCCAGCCAUACUGUAUGAAAAGAAUGUCAUGUAUCUCCCCAGCCAUACUGUAUGAAAAGAAUGUCAUGUAUCUCCCCAGCCAUACUGUAUGAAAAGAAUGUCAUGUAUCUCCCCAGCCAUACUGUAUGAAAAGAAUGUCAUGUAUCUCCCCAGCCAUACUGUAUGAAAAGAAUGUCAUGUAUCUCCCCAGCUAUACUGUAUGAAAAGGAUGUCAUGUAUCUCCCCAGCCAUACUGUAUGAAAAGAAUGUCAUGUAUCUCCCCAGCCAUACUGUAUGAAAAGAAUGUCAUGUGUCUCCCCAGCCAUACUGUAUGAAAAGGAUGUCAUGUGUCUCCCCAGCCAUACUGUAUGAAAAGGAUGGCAUGUGCGACUAUCUGGUAGAAGAAAUCAGGAACCAACUGGUGUCCGAGGAUGCACCGUCUCUGGUUCUUGUGGUCACAUUACGUCACGGGAACAGAACGGCAGUCGUGGACGGUUUGACCAAAGCCAAAGUCUUGACCAGAAGUAAGUGUCGCAUAUUCAUAGCCGUAGCAUAUAAGAUAAACAACAUAAGAUAAAGAACAUGCUGUUAGUAUAGAAAUUGGUUUUAGAUGGGAUAGUCAAAUGUUUAAUUGUUUUCUUCUAUAUAAUCUACGCAGAAUGUCAUUUUUACCAAACACCUUCUGUGCAUCUAUUUAAUGUUUGGUGGGAUCUCAUCAGACGUAGGUUGUAAACCCACUGUUACAGAUAAACUAAUGCCUGAUUUAUAAACAAUUGCAAUUUCGCUAAUAGCUAAAUGUCUCUUCAUAUGUUUCGGCAAAGGCUGCGACUAUUUGCACUCGGGUACCAGAAGUGAGAGGUUGGGAUUAAAAAACUAUUUAAAAUAUUAUUGUUGGGUAUUAGCAUUGGUCUAUUUAUAACUAUUAUUUUGGCUGUCACAUUGUGAGGAUGGUAGGUUGCUGUGAGUUUUGUUCCAUCUUCCUUUGUGUUUUGACUAGGUUUAAAGCGUGAUCGUACUGAUCACAUAUAGACUGUAUGUACUCAAGAACAACGUAUCAUAAUCACAUGCAUAUAUGUGGGUACUAGAGAAAAACAUAUGGCAUUUCUACAUACAUUUCUGGAGUGUAAACCCCAUCCAUCUAUACCAACUAAAAUUCCCCUCCGAUUGGCUGAACAGGUUCGCAACCUCAAUUCGUUUCACUUUAGCGGCCAAUUCUUCAACCAAAUCAGUGGUGUUGCUAUGGGGACUAAAAUAGGACCCAGCUACGCAAGUUUAUCAUGGUACAUUGCGAACAAAUGAUAAAAAGAAACGAUACUGGACGCCUCCCUGAAGUUAACAUCUCUUGUCUCUGAGACCUCGGUCAACUUUUUGGGACAUUACGAUCAACCAUUUCAAAGACAGCCUACUCACCUCCGCCUAGUUUAAACCUACUGACAACCACAGCCAUCUACACUACUCUUCCUUCCAUUCUAAAUCCUGUAAAGACUCUAUUCUCUUUUCUCAAUUGCUUCGUCUUCGUAGACUUUGCCAGUCAAUGGCUGACUUUUGGGACAAGGCACUUGAGAUGAUUGACUAUUUCCGAUGUAAGUCCUACCCGUAGACAAUACUUUCAUCGGCCCUUCAAAUGUUGAAAAAUAUGACCGAUCCUGAAGCCUUCUGGUGACACCCAAGGGACAAUUGUGGCAGGACCAAACUUAUUCUGACAUAUCCUCAAUAUCUCACUCCUCCAAACACUGCUCUACGCCAUUUUCCUUAACAACCGUGACAUUCUCCUCGCCGACCUUGACACACCAGACAUUUUCUGUCUCCGUCGUCUCUCAUUGUUUUCAGACGGGAUCAAAUCUGCGAGACAUGCUUGUGCGAAGUCGUAUCAAAGCUCCCCCCCUCCCUCUUUGUCACCAAGCCAUGCGGACGCAGUCGUUGCAAUCCUUACCCUUUUUCGCCUAGACUCAACACAUUCUCUUCGCAGUUUUCAGAUAAGGGGCGGUUUCUUUUGUACGAACCCCGCUAUUGUCUACGCCAUUGUUAUCACCCGUUGCCAUAUGUCGUAUAUAGGCGAGACAGGACGUCUAAUCUCUAAUAGAUGUACUGCACACCUCCGUCUUAUUACGCAAGAUAAUGAGUGUCCCUUCUUGAAACACUUCCAUAGAAGCCCCCUCAUGGGUUCUGUGGAUUUUAAUAUUAGUGCGGUUCAUGAUUUACACUAAACCACCUAGCCGGGUGAUGUUGGCAAACAAGCUGAUCCAGACUUAUGGAACAUUGACACCCCAUGGCAUGAAUGGCAUCGUCUCAUUCACCUGUUCUCCGCCGCCUCCUCGUCACGACCAAUCGCAGUGGAUUUACUUUCAUCCUCUUCUUUCCCCCUUUGCCUGUAUUUAACCUCUCACCUACUCAUGUUCUGUCACAUUCCUCUUGCAGUUCUCUCACCUACUUAUGUACUGUCACAUUCCUCUUGCAGUUCUCUCACCUACUUAUGUACUGUCACAUUCCUCUUGCAGUUCUCUCACCUACUUAUGUACUGUCACAUUCCUCUUGCAGUUGUCUCACCUACUUAUGUACUGUCACAUUCCUCUUGCAGUUCUCUUAGAUACUACAUUUCAGCUAAGUGUUAUUAAUAUUUCUGUUUCACUGUUGUUUCUUCGCUAAAGAAGGCUUCUUGCCGUCACGUUCGAUGCUUUGUUGUGUUCUUUUUCAGGUUUUCCCAUACUUUGUUUCGCUCAUUUCCUUUUUUUUACAUACAUGUGGUUGUUGUAGAAUGAUGUACACAUACAUACAUACAUGUGGGUAGUAUAGAAAAAAUAUUAAAUAACUACACAAAUAAAAAUAUAUAUUUUACAUUUCCAAGAUAAUUUUAUAAAAACUUCAGAAAUAGAAUUGUAUCAUUCAUGCUGUGGCUAAUAUUCAACUCUUUCCUCCCAUCGGACUUAACGUUGCUAUAUUGAAGCUUUGCUGCUCUGCAUGCCUCGCUACACACUGCACACUUUGCAAAAUGAAGCUGAGAUACUCGCCAUGACCUCGGGUUACUACGCUUUUCUCUAUUUGAGUUUUGAAGUCAGUCCACUCGUGGACGAACUGUACCAGAAAAGCCCAAAGCAGGGGAAAGAAUUCUUGGACUGCUUUCUACAACUUGGCCAGUUUCCUUAUUGGAGGAACGGAAUGGACGUGACACACAGGCACGGCGGAUGUAACCACAGUCUCUCAUUGCAGGUCAGAGAAACCUCUCACUACAGGUCAGAUAAUCUCUCAUUACAGGUCAGAGAAACCUCUCACUACAGGUCAGAGAUAGUCUCUCAUUGCAGGUCUGAGAAACCUCUCACUACAGGUCAGAGAUAGUCUCUCAUUGCAGGUCUGAGAAACCUCUCAAUACAGGUCAGAUAAUCUCUCAUUACAGGUCAGAGAAACCUCUCAAUACAGAUACUGUCUCAUUACAGGUCAGAUACUCUCCCAAUACAUAUCAGAUACUGUCCCAUUACAGGUCAGAUACUCUCCCAAUACAUAUCAGAUACUGUCCCAUUAUAGGUCAGAUACUAUCCCAAUUUAGGUCAGAUACUAUCCCACUUCAGGUCAGAUACUGUCCCAUUACAGGUCAGAUACUAUCCCAAUUUAGGUCAGAUACUAUCCCACUUCAGGUCAGAUACUGUCACAUUACAGGUCAGAUGAUACUGUUCCAUUACAGGUCAGAUACAAUCCCAAUACAUGUCAGAUAAUAUCCCAUUACAGGUCAGAUGAUAAUAUCCCAUUACAUGUCAGAUACUAUCCCAUUACAGGUCAGAUACUUUUAUAUAAAACAUCCGUGACAGAAACGGUUUAUCACUAUUAUUAUAGUUCUAUGUGCCAAUGUCAAGUGCCCCGUCUAUUCAUUGUAUCUUUAGUAUCCAUAUGUCUAGUUCCCCAUCCAUUAACUCUAUCUUUUGUAUCUCUUUGUCAAGGUCACUGCCAGUCCAUAUUUUUACGAUGCUGUGGUUCUAGCUGUUGUCAUGGUGCAGAGAAACGUUCAAGGGUUACCUAUGUAUGACUUCAAUGUCACAGGUAUGUAAAUUUAUGUCUGACUUCAAUGUCACAGGUAUGUAAAUCUAUGUCUGACUUCAAUGUCACAGGUAUGUAAAUCUAUGUCUGACUUCAAUGUCAAAGGUAUGUAAAUCUAUGUCUGACUUCAAUGUCAAUGGUAUGUAAAUCUAUGUCUGACUUUAAUGUCACAGGUAUGUAAAUCUAUGUCUGACUUUAAUGUCACAGGUAUGUAAUCCUAUGUCUGACUUUAAUGUCACAGGUAUGUAAAUCUAUGUCUGACGUCAAUGUCACAAGGAUGUAAAUCUAUGUCUGACUUUAUUGUCACAGGUAUGUAAAUCUAUGUCUGACUUUAAUGUCACAGAUAUGUAAAUCUAUGUCUGACUUUAAUGUCACAGGUAUGUAAAUCUAUGUCUGACUUCAAUGUCACAGGUAUGUAAAUCUAUGUCUGACUUCAAUGUCACAGGUAUGUAAAUCUAUGUCUGACUUCAAUGUCACAGGUAUGUAAAUCUAUGUCUGACUUUAAUGUCACAGGUAUGUAAAUCUAUGUCUGACUUCAAUGUCACAGGUAUGUAAAUCUUUGUCUGACUUCAAUGUCACAGGCAUGUAAAUCUAUGUCUGACUUCAAUGUCACAGGUAUGUAAAUCUAUGUCUGACUUCAAUGUCACAGGUAUGUAAAUCUAUGUCUGGUGUCAAUAUCACAGGUAUGUAAAUCUAUGUCUGACUUUAAAGUCACAGGUAUGUCAAUCUAUGUCUGACUUCAAUGUCAUAGGGAUGUAAAUCUAUGUCUGGUUUUAAUAUCACAGGUAUGUAAAUCUAUGUCUGACUUCAAUGUCACAGGUAUGUAAAUCUAUGUCUGGUGUUAAUGUCACAGGUAUGUAAAUCUAUGUCUGACUUUAAAAUCACAGGUAUGUAAAUCUAUGUCUGACUUUAAUGUCACAGGUAUGUAAAUCUAUGUCUGACUUUAAUAUCACAGGUAUGUAAAUCUAUGUCUGACUUCAAUGUCACAGGUAUGUAAAUCUAUGUCUGACUUCAAUGUCACAGGUAUGUAAAUCUAUGUCUGACUUUAAUGUCACAGGUAUGUAAAUCUAUGUCUGAUUUUAAUAUCACAGGUAUGUAAAUCUAUGUCUGGCUUCAAUAUCACAGGUAUGUAAAUCUAUGUCUGACUUUAAUCUCACAGAUAUGUAAAUCUAUGUCUGACUUUAAUGUCACAGGUAUGUAAAUCUAUGUCUGACUUUAAUAUCACAGGUAUGUAAAUCUAUGUCUGACUUUAAUAUCACAGGUAUGUAAAUCUAUGUCUGACUUUAAUAUCACAGGUAUGUAAAUCUAUGUCUGGCUUCAAUGUCACAGGUAUGUAAAUCUAUGUCUGGUUUUAAUGUCACAGGUAUUUAAAUCUAUGUCUGACUUUAAUAUCACAGGUAUGUAAAUCUAUGUCUGGCUUUAAUGUCACAGGUAUGUAAAUCUAUGCAUGGUGUCAAUGUCACAGGUAUGUAAAUCUAUGUCUGACGUCAAUGUCACAAGGAUGUAAAUCUAUGUCUGACUUUAAUGUCACAGGUAUGUAAAUCUAUGUCUGACUUCAAUGUCACCGGUAUGUAAAUCUAUGUCUGACCUCAAUGUCACAGGUAUGUAAAUCUAUGUCAGACUUUAAUAUCACAGGUAUGUAAAUCUAUGUCAGACUUUAAUAUCACAGGUAUGUAAAUCUAUGUCUGGUGUUAAUGUCACAGGUAUGUAAAUCUAUGUCUGACUUUAAUAUCACAGGUAUGUAAAUCUAUGUCUGACUUCAAUGUCACAGGUAUGUAAAUCUAUGUCUGACUUCAAUGUCACAGGUAUGUAAAUCUAUGUCUGACUUUAAUGUCACAGGUAUGUAAAUCUAUGUCUGAUUUUAAUAUCACAGGUAUGUAAAUCUAUGUCUGGCUUCAAUAUCACAGGUAUGUAAAUCUAUGUCUGACUUUAAUCUCACAGAUAUGUAAAUCUAUGUCUGACUUUAAUGUCACAGGUAUGUAAAUCUAUGUCUGACUUUAAUAUCACAGGUAUGUAAAUCUAUGUCUGACUUUAAUAUCACAGGUAUGUAAAUCUAUGUCUGACUUUAAUAUCACAGGUAUGUAAAUCUAUGUCUGACUUUAAUGUCACAGGUAUGUAAAUCUAUGUCUGACUUAAUGUCACAGGUAUGUAAAUCUAUGUCUGACUUUAAUGUCACAGGUAUGUAAAUCUAUGUCUGACUUUAAUAUCAAAGGUAUGUAAAUCUAUGUCUGACUUUAAUAUCACAGGUAUGUAAAUCUAUGUCUGACUUUAAUAUCCCAGGUAUGUAAAUCUAUGUCUGACUUUAAUAUCACAGGUAUGUAAAUCUAUGUCUGACUUUAAUGUCACAGGUAUGUAAAUCUAUGUCUGACUUCAAUGUCACAGGUAUGUAAAUCUAUGUCUGACUUGAAUGUCACAGGUAUGUAAAUCUAUGUCUGACUUCAAUGUCACAGGCAUGUAAAUCUAUGUCUGACUUCAAUGUCACAGGUAUGUAAAUCUAUGUCUGACUUUAAUGUCACAGGUAUGUAAAUCUAUGUCUGACUUCAAUGUCACAGGCAUGUAAAUCUAUGUCUGACUUCAAUGUCACAGGUAUGUAAAUCUAUGUCUGGUGUUAAUGUCACAGGUAUGUAAAUCUAUGUCAGACUUUAAUAUCACAGGUAUGUAAAUCUAUGUCUGGUGUUAAUGUCACAGGUAUGGAAAUCUAUUUCAGACUUUAAUAUCACAGGUAUGUAAAUCUAUGUCUGACUUUAAUGUCACAGGUAUGUAAAUCUAUGUCUGACUUCAAUGUCACAGGUAUGUAAAUCUAUGUCUGACUUCAAUGUCACAGGUAUGUAAAUCUAUGUCUGACUUCAAUGUCACAGGUAUGUAAAUCUAUGUCUGGUUUUAAUGCUAUAGGUAUGUAAAUCUUUUUUUUACUUUAAUGUCACAGUUAUUCAAUAUUUGUCUAGUUUCAAUGUCACAGAUAUGUCAAUGUUUGACAAGUUUUAAUGGCACAGGUAUUUCAACUUGUCCACAGCCCCACACCUCAAGACAGGUAACAUUGUGAUAGACAACAACGGGGUCCGUCAAGCCAGGUAUUACUUGUCUCACUUCCAGAACAGUGAUCACACCAAUGUAGCUGUCAUCACUACCGACAUGGCCCUGGUCACAACCCAAGAAAUUCUCUGGCCCCUGGCCUCUAUGCCGAUGUCAGAGAUGGAUUGUCAAGCCCCAGGUCAAACUUGCACAGGUGACAGGGGGAUUGAUGAAGUGGUGGAGUUGUCCCGUGUUCAACUCUUAAGUUAUGAAUUAGUUUUAUAACAGACCUGGCAUUUUUAUAGUGGUAGAAUAUUCUGGAAUAGUUCCUUGAAAAAGAUCAAAUUUAUUUACCACAUCUUUUUCAUAUCUGAUCAGUUUACACUUUGAUAUAUGCAGAUAUCUAUAAUCUAAUUCAGCUUUGAUAAGUAUACAUCUGAUCUGCGAUGAUCUCUAUUUCAGAUCUGACCAGUAUCAUAGCCGGUGCUUGUGGUGGGACACUACUGAUAAUCUCCUGCUUGGCGAUCUCCCUUUAUAUCUACAGGUUCACUGAUUUUAACUUCACAACAUUUAGACUGUAAACCUAGAGACAGAGUGUCCAGUUGUUAUGAAGGCAGGGGCGGAACUAGGGGUUGGUUUGGUAUUAAAAACUAUCUUUACUGAUGCAAGUUCAAAUGGGUCAGCAGUUCUAUCGUCAUCGCGACGGGUUGGCUCAAGUCAUGUGUUAAUGGAGAUCACGUGAUGUGAUGCGCUAAUCCAGGCCUGCACAACUCAAAAUGUAAGGCGGGGCCGAAUACUUUUUGAAAAACUUGUGCGGGCCAAAAGAAAAUAAGACAGGGGAAGGCUAUUAAGAAAAUAAUAAGAAUAAAGAAUAUUUCGUUACUUCGCGGGCCGCAAAGUGGGUGCUGGCGGGCCGCCUGUAGCCGUGGGCCGUAUGUUGUGCAGGCCUGCACUAAUAGAUUGCACGCUAUGUAUUAAUAGAAGCCUCGUUAGAGUUUGGAGGGCGUGGCUAGGUAGAUUUUUAGAGGUCAGUCGAAUAGUGAUAUGGGUCACAGAAACGGAUAUGAACCGUCAAAGGAAGCACAAUUAUUUUGAAUAUAGUAUACAAAUACAUGAGUCUAUGGUUGAAUAUAUACAAAUACAUGAGUCUAUGGUUGAAUAUAUACAAAUACAUGAGUCUAUGGUUGAAUAUAUACAAAUACAUGAGUCUAUGGUUGAAUAUAUACAAAUACAUGAGCCUAUAUUUGAAAACAUUAAAUUACAUGAAUCUACUGUUCAAUACAUACAAUGAAGAAGUUUGCUGUUGUACAAUGACUUUGAGUGUACUGUUGAAUAUAUAGCAUGACACGAGUUUACUAUUGUAUAGAUAAAAUGACCAUUUCUCCAGAAAACAUCAAAAUACGAAGCUGAAGGCAAAGAAAGAUUGGCUGAUAGAUGAUAAGGAGGUCAAGCGGAGAAGGAUGAAAAAUGGCAACUUUUGGGUGACAAAUACAGGGGCAACUACUCCAGCAGGGGCUACAAAUACAGGGGCAACUUCUCCAGCAGGGCUCACAACUUGCAAUGGCGCUGUCAAAAACAAAUUGGUGCGAAUGGUAAGCAAUGUGGCAAUCAUUGGAAUAAAUAGCAUCCUAGUGUACUUGUCAUAGUAUUGCUUCAGUCUCUGAAUAAUUGAAACAUAAAUAGCAUCCUAGUGUACUUGUCAUAGUAUUGCUUCAGUCUCUGAAUAAUUGAAACAUAAAUAGCAUCCUAGUGUACUUGUCAUAGUAUUGCUUCAGUCUCUGAAUAAUUGAAACAUAAAUAGCAUCCUAGUGUACUUGUCAUAGUAUUGCUUCAGUCUCUGAAUAAUUGAAACAUAAAUAGCAUCCUAGUGUACUUGUCAUAGUAUUGCUUCAGUCUCUGAAUAAUUGAAACAUAAAUAGCAUCCUAGUGUACUUGUCAUAGUAUUGCUUCAGUCUCUGAAUAAUUGAAACAUAAAUAGCAUCCUAGUGUACUUGUCAUAGUAUUGCUUCAGUCUCUGAAUAAUUGAAACAUAAAUAGCAUCCUAGUGUACUUGUCAUAGUAUUGCUUCAGUCUCUGAAUAAUUGAAACAUAAAUAGCAUCCUAGUGUACUUGUCAUAGUAUUGCUUCAGUCUCUGAAUAAUUGAAACAUAAAUAGCAUCCUAGUGUACUUGUCAUAGUAUUGCUUCAGUCUCUGAAUAAUUGAAACAUAAAUAGCAUCCUAGUGUACUUGUCAUAGUAUUGCUUCAGUCUCUGAAUAAUUGAAACAUAAAUAGCAUCCUAGUGUACUUGUCAUAGUAUUGCUUCAGUCUCUGAAUAAUUGAAACAUAAAUAGCAUCCUAGUGUACUUGUCAUAGUAUUGCUUCAGUCUCUGAAUAAUUGAAACAUAAAUAGCAUCCUAGUGUACUUGUCAUAGUAUUGCUUCAGUCUCUGAAUAAUUGAAACAUAAAUAGCAUCCUAGUGUACUUGUCAUAGUAUUGCUUCAGUCUCUGAAUAAUUGAAACAUAAAUAGCAUCCUAGUGUACUUGUCAUAGUAUUGCUUCAGUCUCUGAAUAAUUGAAACAUAAAUAGCAUCCUAGUGUACUUGNAGACAUACAUCGACAUUGGAAUGGUGCAAACAGGAGUAAGACAUACAUCGACAUUGGAAUGGUGCAAACAGGAGUAAGACAUACAUCGACAUUGGAAUGGUGCAAACAGGAGUAAUGAUGCAGGAUUGUUUGUAAAUAUCUCUAUAAAGCUAAUGUAAAUAUAGCUGUAUAGCUAAUGAAAAUAUUUAUAUAGAUAAUGUAAGUAUCUCUACAUAGUUAAUGUAAACAUCUUUAUAUAGCUGAAAUUAAAAUAUCUUUAUAGCUAAUGUAAAAAUCUUUAAAUAGAUAAUGUUAGUAUGUGUAUAUAGCUAAUGUAAGUAAAUCUAUAUAGAUUAUGUAGGUAUCUCACUAUUGCUAACGUAAGAAUAUCUCUAUUGCUAAUGUAAUAUUGUGAUAAUUACACAGGACAUUGAUAUUAGUCUCAAACAGUAACCACAUACAUUUACCAUGACAUCUACAGACUUGACAAUGACAUCUGCAGUCAGUGACCCUAAAAUCUACAGGCAGUAAUCUUGACAUCUACCAACAUAUAAAAUGACAUCUUUAGACAUUUAUCUGGAAAUUUACAGACAUUUACCAUGACAUCUACAGACAUUUAAAAUGACAUAUGUAGAGAGUAGCCAUGACAUCUACAGACAUUUACCAUGACAUCUACAGACAUUUACAAUGACAUAUAUAGAGAGUAGCCAUGACAUCUACAGACAUUUACCAUGACAUCUACAGACAUUUACCAUGACAUCUACGGACAUUUACCAUGACAUAUAUAGACAGUAGCCAUGACAUUUACAGAAAUAUAUCACUAACUCCAUCACACCAGAUCUAAUGCACAAUUAACUCCAGCUCAUCGUAUUACCGUCUGUAAUGUGUAACUAACUCAGCACACCAGUGUAAUGUGUAACUAACUCAGCACACCAGUGUUAUGUGUAACUAACUCAGCACACCAGUGUAAUGUGUAACUAGCUCAGCGCACCAGUGUAAUGUGUAACUAGCUCAGCACACCAGUGUAUUGUGUAACUAACUCAGCACACCAGUGUAAUGUGUAACUAACUCAGCACACCAGUGUAAUGUGUAACUAAUUCAGCACACCAGUGUAAUGUGUAACUAGCUCAGCGCACCAGUGUAAUGUGUAACUAACUCAGCACACCAGUGUAAUGUGUAACUAGCUCAGCGCACCAGUGUAAUGUGUAACUAACUCAGCACACCAGUGUAAUGUGUAACUAACUCAGCACACCAGUGUAAUGUGUAACUAACUCAGCACACCAGUGUAAUGUGUAACUAACUCAGCACACCAGUGUAAUGUGUAACUAACUCAGCACACCAGUGUAAUGUGUAACUAACUCAGCACACCAGUGUAAUGUGUAACUAACUCAGCACACCAGUGUAAUGUGUAACUAACUCAGCACACCAGUGUAAUGUGUAACUAACUCAGCACACCAGUGUAAUGUGUAACUAACUCAGCACACCAGUGUAAUGUGUAACUAACUCAGCACACCAGUGUAAUGUGUAACUAACUCAGCACACCAGUGUAAUGUGUAACUAACUCAGCGCACCAGUGUAAUGUGUAACUAACUCAGCACACCAGUGUAAUGUGUAACUAACUCAGCACACCAGUGUAAUGUGUAGCUAACUCAGCACACCAGUGUAAUGUGUAACUAACUCAGCACACCAGUGUAAUGUGUAACUAACUCAGCACACCAGUGUAAUGUGUAACUAACUCAGCACACCAGUGUAAUGUGUAACUAACUAAAGCAAAUCAGAUAUACAUCCCAUCACUAUACGGCCAAGAGGUUGAGCUCCAACAUCUCAAAUGUCACAAUGAGCUCACGGCUUCGUCCCCCUCCCCCUUGUCCCACCCCCCUCUUGUAACUGUUGUUACUUUGACUUUGGAUAUCCAUGGUGUUGGGACAAAUGUCAAGGUGUUGCCAUAAAUUGGGACAACUGUCAAGGUUUUACAAAAGCAGCAGAAAAUCACCAGAAAUAUCAGUGAGAUGGCCAACAAGCAUGGCCACCAUUAUCAGCACCAUCACAUCAACCAUAAUCUUCACAAUCAUCACACUCACCAUCACCAGUAUCACUAUAACUACCGCCACCAACACAAUCAACACCACUUACAGCCCCAACGUUAUCACCACCAUCACUAUCAUCAUGCUCCCUAACUCCAACACCACCACCUACUCUAUCAUAACCACCAGCAUCACCAUUACCACUAUCCCCACGAACACCAAGAUCACCACCAUAAUCAUCAUCGCCACCACCAUCCUCCCCAUUCUUACCAUCUCAACCACCAUCACAUCCACCAUCGUAUCCACCAUCACAUCCACCAUCACAACCACCAUCACAUCCACCAUCAUAUCCGCCAUCACAUCCGCCAUCACAUCCACCAUCACAUCCAUCACAUCCACCAUCACAUCCACCAUCACAUCCACCAUCAAAUCCACCAUCACAUCCACCAUCACAUCCAUCACAACCACCAGCACAUCCACAAUCACAUCCACCAUCACAUCCACCAUCACAGCCACCAUCACAUCCCCCAUCAUAUCCGCCAUCACAUCCGCCAUCACAUCCACCAUCACCUCCAUCACAUCCACCAUCACAUCCACCAUCACAUCCACCAUCACAUCCACCAUCACAUCCACCAUCACAUCCAUCACAUCCACCAGCACAUCCACCAUCACAUCCACCAUCACAUCCACCAUUACAUCCAUCACAUCCAUCACAUCCAUUGCAUCCACCAUCACAUCCACCAUCACAUCCAUCACAUCCACCAUGACAUCCACCAUCUCAACCACCAUCACAUACACCAUCUCAACCACCAUCACAUCCACCAUCACAUCCACCAUCACAUCCACCAUCACAUCCACCAUCACAUCCACCAUGACAUCCACCAUCUCAACCACCAUCACAUCCACCAUCACAUCCACCAUCUCAACCACCAUCACAUCCACCAUCUCAACCACCAUCACAUCCACCAUCCUAUCUACCAUCAUACCACCUUAAAUCGCCACUACUGCAACAACCACCAAUCUUAUCAGCCAAAUAUACAUUUUCCAUCACAAGAUUGAUGAACUUACCACAAAAAUUCACACAGUUUUCCUUCCCUUAGGAAACCCGAGGGACCCUGGGCCUUGGGUCCAACUGCAGCCUUGAUAAAUCCAUGCUCUAUGCCCCGAUUGGUAACUACAAGGUGGGCACUUUAUUUACAUUGAAUUUAAUUCAGAGAUCAAUCAUCAAUCAUAAGAAUCACAAGUCUGUUCAGUUAUGUACGAAGUCAUCAGACAUGUCUUAAAAUGUAUGGUAGUAAGUAGACAUGUGUUAAAAUAGAUGGUAGUAAGUAGACAUAAGACAUGUCUUAUGUGUUGACGCAGUUAGACCUCAUACGCAUAUCUAAAUAUAUGUAAUUACACGACAUAGUUUGUAGAUUUUUUGAAUAUAUAGCAGAAAUAAAUAAUUUCAUAUAAUAUGUGGUAGAAAUGAGACAUUUCUUAUAUGUGUUACGAAUAAGACAUUUCCUAUAAUAUGUGGUAGGAAUAAAACAUUUUUAUAAUGUGUGGUAGGAAUAAGACAUUUCUUAUAAUAUGUGGUAGGAAUAAGACAUUUGUUAUAACUUUUUAAAGCAAGGACAAUUGUACAUAGUUUAGGAUGUGUGUUAACAAUCAGGAUUUGAUAGAACGUAUCGUAGCAAAAAUAUAAAUUUUAAAGAUAUUUGGCAUACAGUGUUUCGUAGAUUAAUGGUAGAUUGUUGAUAGAUUGUUGAUAGAUUGUUGAUGGAUUGUUGAUAGAUUGUUGAUAGAUUGUUGAUAGAUUGUUGAUAGAUUGUUGAUAGAUUGUUGAUAGAUUGUUGAUAGAUUGUUGAUAGAUUGUUGAUAGAAUGUUGAUAGAUUGCAUUUAUGUUACUCUGAGAAGGUAGAAUAGCCAUCAUGUCUCACCAUACUGCCAUCAUGUCUCACCAUACUGCCAUCAUGUCUCACCAUACUGCCAUCAUGUUUGACCAUACUGCCAUCAUGUCUCACCAUACUGCCAUCAUGUUUGACCAUACUGUCAUGUCUCACCAUACUGCCAUCAUGUCUCACCAUACUGCCAUCAUGUCUCACCAUACUGCCAUCAUGUCUCACCAUACUGCCAUCAUGUCUCACCAUACUGCCAUCAUGUCUCACCAUACUGCCAUCAUGCCUCAACAUACUGCCAUCAUGUUUGACCAUACUGUCAUCAUGCCUCACCAUACUGCCAUCAUGUUUGACCGUACUGCCAUCAUGUCUGACCGUACUGCCAUCAUGUCUGACCGUACUGCCAUCAGGCUUGACCACAUGACUUACUGCUGUCAUUUAUUGUGUUUGCCACAGGAUAUGGUGGUUGCCGUCAAGCCGGUCCGAUGGACGCACUUACAGUUGAGCAAGAAAGAACUGCUACAAGAUCUGAACAUGGUUGGUUGAUGACACAGCUACAAUGCGUAAAUGACAUCGAAUGACACGAUCAUUAGGACAUGUAUUGGUGACAUGAUGUGAUAUCGUUAUCAGAUAACGGGAUCCGAGGACAUGUAAAGUUUAAGCGAUCCUACAGAUGACACGAACGAUCAAAUGACAUGAUCAGAUGACAUGAUCAGAUGACAUGCUAUUAAAAAGAGCUUUUGAUUAAGAGUUAUAAUAUUUUGAGCAAACAAAACAGUUAGACAAAUAUUUAGUCUCCAACACAAGGACUACAUCUCCUGUCACAUCCAACACAAGGACAACAUACCCUAUCACAUCCAACACAAGGUCAACAUCUCCUGUCACAUCCAACACAAGGACUACAUACCCUGUCAAAACAAACAUAAUGGCAACAUUAUCUGUCAUGUCUAACACAAUGACGACAUUUUCUUACUUUCAAGGUGAAAGAGCUGUCCCAUGACAAUGUCAACCUGUUCAUAGGGGCGUUUGUCUCCUCCGUGCCUGGCUCCAGCUAUGUCCUGUUUCGCUACUGCUCUAAAGGAAGUCUCCAAGAUGUCCUGGACAAUGACGACAUCAAACUAGACUGGAUAUUUAGACUUUCUUUUGCUCUCGACCUUUCUAGGGUAAGUGGCAGGUGUAAAACUAAGUAGACACGAGAGCAAAGUGGAAUAUUAAACUCCUAAUGUAUUCUAGUGUAAGUGCAGAAUUAAACUCCUAAUGUGUUCUAGUGUAGGUGCAAAAUUAAACUCCUAAUGUAUUCUAGUGUAGGUGCAAAAUUAAACUCCUAAUGUGUUCUAGUGUAAGUGCAAAAUUAAACUCCUAAUGUAUUCUAGUGUAAGUGGAAAAUUAAACUCUUAAUGUAUUCUAGUGUAAGUGCAAAAUUAAACUCUUAAUGUAUUCUAGUGUAAGUGCAGAAUUAAACUCUUAAUGUAUUCUAGUGUAAGUGCAGAAUUAAACUCUUAAUGUAUUCUAGUGUAAGUGCAGAAUUAAACUCCUAAUGUAUUCUAGUGUAAGUGCAGAAUUAAACUCUUAAUGUAUUCUAGUGUAAGUGCAGAAUUAAACUCCUAAUGUAUUCUAGUGUAAGUGCAGAAUUAAACUCUUAAUGUAUUCUAGUGUAAGUGCAGAAUUAAACUCCUAAUGUAUUCUAGUGUAAGUGCAGAAUUAAACUCUUAAUGUAUUCUAGUGUAAGUGCAGAAUUAAACUCCUAAUGUAUUAACCCCAAAAACUCCUGCUACUGAAACACAGUUGUUAUGAAUCUGUGGGCUGUUUUCAGAAGCAGCCAGGAACAAGAUUUAAACAUACUUUAUUUUUACAAUGUUAUUUUUUUUGUUUUUUUGUUUUAGCAAAGCAAGAUAACUUGUAUAAUAAUAGAACUAGAGAUAAAUAUUGUUUUAAAUCAGUCAUGUAGAGAGUGUUUAAUUUAAUAGCUAGGUUGUCAAGUUGGUUUAAAUAUACAGUGGCACCUCGGUAUACGUCCUUAAUCCGUUUCAGAUCCUUGGACUUACACCAAACAGGACGUUUACCAAACGUAUUUUUCCCAUAAGAAAUAAAAGGGAAAUGAUUAAUCCGUUCCCAUGACAACAAAAUCCUUUUGUUAUUGGCAUAUUAUAAAAUUAUUGCUUUAAAAUAUAUUAAUAAGACACGAACAAAUUAUUGACGUAGUUGUAUAAAAUAAUUUUAACACUGCUUAAUACUAAAAUACAUAAAUAAAAAGAACUUAAAUGAAAUACAUGAAAAUUGAGCCUCACUUGACCUUGGUGAGAAGAGUCAAGUGCUAACUAAUAUGGUGCUGAGAAGGAGGAGAUGGUAUUGUUUUGAAGGAGAGUCUGCUUCCAAUAAAACUUCAGGAAUAUGACAUUCUGAUGUUUUUUUACUUUUUUCUGUCUCUUUUCCCUAGUUGACCCUGGUUGAGGCUCACCAGGUUUAACUUUUACUAAAAAUCUGCCCAAAGAGCCUUGCUUUUGACUUUUCCUCAGGAUGGUUCGAAAAUGUGACAUCGUCUGGUUAUUCCAGACAAUGAUGUUAUGUCUCGUUUGGGCUUUGUUGCGGUGGUACUUCUCUGCAAAGCUUUUGACAUCCAUCCAUUUAGCAAAGAUGUCCUUGAUUAAUGAAGUAGGAGCUUCCUCUAUCUCCUCCUCCUCAGAGCCUGAAGAGAGUGCAUCCAUCCUAGUCUUUGAGCGACGUGUCAUUUUGACAUACGAGUUCUGGCACGCACGAGAGCCGUAUUCCAAACGAAGGUUGUAUACCAAAGCAAAAUGUUUCUCGUCCAAACAGGACGUAUACCAAGUUCGACUUAUUCCAAAGCAGACGUAUACCAGGGUACCACUGUAUCUUGAAGAGAGCGUUUGUUAAAUUGGGUUAUGCAGGGAGCUUAGUUUGUUGAAUUUUUCCUGGCAGGGUAUGGAGUAUCUUCACAAGACGCCUCUUCGUUCCCAUGGAAAUUUAAAGUCAAGUAACUGCGUCAUAGACAGCCGAUGGGUUCUCAAAAUAACAGAUUUUGGUGCCGUUGUGUCCUAUAGAAAACCUGAC